UUUCCCUCCCUUUCCUUCUCUCUCUUCCUCUCUCUCUCUCUCUCUCUCUCUCUCUAGAAGCUGACAUGAAACUGGAGCUCAACCACGAAACCGACGGAGAAGAGAUGUGCCGCACAAUCGAAGUCGUCGGAGGCGUCCACCUCGCCUUCGCCGCCGCAGACGGCGGAGAAGAGUGUGCCGAUGAUCUCUUCAUGCCUCCGCUCAACUUCGCCAUGGUCGAUCACGGCAUUUUCCGCUCCGGCUUCCCCGACUCCAACAACUUCUCCUUCCUCCAAACCCUAGGCCUCCGCUCCAUUAUAUGUCUGUGUCCGGAGCCGUAUCCGGAGACGAACGUGGAGUUCCUCAAGUCGAAUGGGAUUAAGCUUUUUCAGUUUGGGAUCGAAGGCUAUAAGGAGCCUUUUGUAAACAUCCCAGAGGAUACAAUCCGUGAAGCACUAAAAGUUGUCCUUGAUGUAAAGAAUCACCCGAUCUUAAUUCAUUGCAAAAGAGGGAAGCAUCGAACUGGUUGUUUGGUUGGAUGCUUGAGAAAAUUGCAGCGAUGGUGCCUAUCAUCUGUUUUUGAUGAGUACCAGCGGUUUGCAGCAGCCAAAGCCAGAGUUGCAGAUCAGAGGUUUAUGGAGAUUUUUGAUGUUUCUAGUUUGAAACAUAUACCGAUCCCAUUUUCAUGUUCAAAUAGGUAAAGUCAACCAGUAUUAUUGAAUGACUUUUGCUUCUUCUUUCUUUAGGUGAAGAAGAGUCCUAGGAUCUACUGUAGAAUAAACAGGAAAAGUGAUGAGUUCCUAGUACGCAUUUCAGAGUCUGGAAUUAUUCUUUUUUCUUUAAUGAAAUAAAUAAAUCAUCCUACAUAAUAGCACUUUAGUGUGCUUUUGAGUGUUACAACCCCUUUUUCGUUAUAUCUCUCAUUCAACCCUCUCCACUUUUCCAUUUUGUUCCAAACUUUAGUUCUCCUGUCCUUUUCUUUCCAGUUUGUUACUAAGAUCGAUCGCAACAAAUGUGAUUGUGGUUCUAGAUAUGUCCAGAAUGGUUCUUGAAAUUUAUAGUUAUCUCGAAUUAAAAUGUAAUAUUGGCUAUCCCCAGAUAGUUUUGUUCAUAUGAUACUACAAAUCAAGAUUGCAGCCCUCUUCUUCUCCGCGUGCAGUUAUCUAGAAAUGCAGAAUGCCUAACCAUGACUCCUGAUUGGGUAAUCAGGACUUGGGAGUGCAUGAUGGUUAGCCCAAAAAUUUCUUCUGAGAAUCCUCUUUUUAAUUAACUAUUAUGGCUAGUGUACUGAUGCUGAAUUGAGUGUUCAUAUUAGUAUGUCAAUAUUCACCAAUAUGGAUUCAAACCUUUCUAUGAGAGUUCAGCUUGUAUACCAUGUUUCACUGUAAUUAUAAUAAUAAUGAUAAACUUCCGCUUGUAGUUCUAUGCA